AUGGGUGUUAAUAAGAAAUAUUGUGCUGAAGAUACUCGAACACUUCAGCGACAUCCAAGACUAUCGAAAUCCGAGAUAACUCUCUAUACCAGUCCUUUCAAUGGAAUGGAGUAUUAUGGUCUGGAAAAACUGGAGGACUUUUACUUCCAAGAGAAACGGAACUCAUUUCCGGAUUUCUACGGCGGUUAUCCCAUUCCGCAGUAUGGAGUUUCGAACGAUAGUCACUCAGACUAUGAAAGUGCAGCAAGUGAAAGUAUUAGUCCCUCGGAGUGUGGAAGUCUCUGCACUGCUGUCGCUUUCAAUAGCAGUGGUAGUGGAAAGGAUUCGGAACUCGGAGAAUUACGGAACACAAUUGAUGCUCUGAAAAAGCAAAGUACAGAAGCUGGCCUUACUAAGAUAGCACUACAGUCAAUGCAAACAACUCAGAGAACCAUGAAAGGUAAAAUGUCCAGACAAUUUUCGACAGAUUCUGUCUCUAGUGUAAACUCUCAGUCCAGCACCUGUAGCAAUCCUUCUGUAAGAUACGAUAAUGCUAGUAGUAAAGGAAAGAAGAAGAAAGGAUGGUUGCGUGAUUCGUUCAGCAAGGCAUUCUCUCGUAGUAAAAAAAAUAAAAAUGGCUCAGUAUCAGAUGUGGAGGACUUGAAACAUUUCCAGUAUGACUCAUCUACUCCAAACUCGCCUUUACUUGGACCUCAUCCUCUGAAUAAAUCUUUGGUGAAUUCUUUUCAUUCUUCUGCAAAUCUUUGUGAAAAAGAAGAUGACCAUGUGCCAGACCUUGUGAAAGACCUAAAGAAGCAAUUGCGAGAGAAAGACAUGGCCCUCACAGAUAUCCGUCUUGAAGCUCUCACAUCAGCUCAUCAGCUAGAGAGCUUGAAAGAUACUGUGAAUAAAAUGAAGGCUGAAAUAAUGAACCUCAAACAAGAUAAUGAACGACUGCAACAAAUUGUGUCCAGUAAAUCUUUAAACUCCUCCAAUAAUUCACUACCUGCCAGGAAUAGUAUGGAGAAUUUGGAGAAAAAUCUAAGUGCCUCAGAACACUCAGGUCCUCCUAAUGUUGAUGAAGAUGGGAAUAGAGUCAUCAUCUCAGCCUAUCUUUGUUGCCAUGGAGAUUAUAAGAAAGUAACAACACAAAAUGAGCCACCCCAAGAAAUGCUUAUAGGAUCAGUUUCUGUUGAUGCUAAAACUAAAUGGGACUUACUGGACAAUGUAGUAAAAAAAGCAUUCAAGGAAUAUGUCUUCAGAAUAGAUCCUGUAACCAAUCUUGGUCUAAAUGCUGAAAGUGUUUUAAGUUACCACAUUGGUAAUGUGGUACGUGCAAAAGAAGCAGAUGUUCCCGACUUGUUACCUUGUGGUUAUCUAAUUGGUGAUAACAUGCAAAUACGCAUUACUUUAAAAGGUACAAAACAGAAUUCCAUUGAUGCCUUAGCAUUUGAAACUCUCAUUCCUAAAUCAAUUAUCCAACGAUAUGUCUCUCUGUUAUUGGAACAUAGAAGAAUCAUUUUGUGUGGGCCUAGUGGAACAGGGAAGACAUAUCUUGCACAGAAACUAGCUGAAUUCCUUGUAUUUAGGAAUGGCAAGGAUUUGGGUCCUGGUGCUGUAGCAACUUUCAGCGUGGAUCACAAGUCAGCCAGUGAGCUUCGACAGUAUUUAUCCAAUCUAGCUGAACAGUGUGAAAGCAGUAAUGGCUUAGACCUUCCAACUGUGAUAAUCCUGGACAACCUUCACCAUGUUGGUUCAUUGGAUGAAGUUUUUAAUGGCUUUCUCAGUGCCAAGUAUCAAAACUGUCCAUAUAUUAUUGGAACAAUGAACCAAGCCACCUGUUCAACUACAAACCUACAGCUGCACCACAACUUCAGGUGGGUUUUGUGUGCCAAUCAUAUGGAACCAGUGAAAAGAUUUCUGGGAAGAUAUCUUCGUAGAAAACUUGUUGAAGAAGAAGUUUGUAGAGGUAUAAAAAAUCCAAUUCUUAACAAAAUCAUUGAUUGGAUGCCUGAUGUCUGGACUUAUCUCAACAAGUUUCUGGAAACUCAUAGUUCUUCUGAUGUUACCAUUGGUCCAAGGUUGUUUUUAUCUUGUCCAGUCAAUGUUUCUAGUUCUCAAGUAUGGUUUACAGAUCUAUGGAAUUACAGCAUUAUACCUUACCUAUUGGAGGCUAUAAGAGAGGGAUUGCAGCUUUAUGGUCGUAGAGCUGUUUGGGAAGACCCAACAGAAUGGGUUCAAGAAUCAUACCCCUGGCCAUCAUUGGGUGAGCCAGAUUGGCCCCAGUUACUUAGGCUUCGUCCAGAAGAUGUUGGCUACGAAGGUCAUCCCACCUCUAGCUUAGGAACAAAAUCUGUGCAGAGUGAAGUGGAAGCUGAUCCCUUGUUCAACAUGCUAAUGAGACUUCAGGAAGCAGCAAGCUAUUCCAGCCCACACAAUAAUGGCAAUGAUAGUACAAGUGUACAUAGUACAGAAGAUUUUUUGAAUACAGAAUUAGAAUCCACAUUGUGAUAUCAAGUAACUAACAUUGAUACCUCAGGUCACACUGAUGCACACAGAGUGAUUCCUUGUAACAUAUAAAGCAGUGUUUGUGAUUUUUAAUAGCUUCACCAAAAUUCACAGUUGUGAAAUAUAUAUAUAUAUAUAUAUAUAUAAUAUUCUUCUUCUUUAGAUUCCUUGCAAUUUUUUGUUUCUUUAUAGAGCUAUGUAAGAAUUAUCUUAAUGGCUUGUGUCUUGGCAAGUCUAAAAUCUACUUUACAUUAGCAAAUUUAGCCUACUUCUGGUUAAAAUAUCUUCAUCAUGUUAGUCUAAGUUAUUAAUUUAAACCUAGAAGUAUUUUGAAGUGAAAUACAUAAAUGAAAUAUAACUGCUUACUUUUGAUAUAACUACUACUAAAACAAUAGAUAUCAUGGUGCAAAAACAGGUUGAAUUUUUGUUGUUGUUUUAGCAUCACAAUUUCAGUGAUUUGAAUGUGCAAAACAAACAAACACACACACAUUAUUAAAUAGUUUUUUUUUCAGCAGAGCAAAAACUGUAUACAAAUAUUUCUUAAUCUGUUAAUGUAUUACAACUUUUUUAAGCCUGGAAGUUAAGAUUUAACUUGGUUUUAAAAUGUUUUUUGAGAGUUAUAGAAAUAAUGCUCCAAUAUAGUAACUGCAAUGUAAAAUACUUUUAAUUAUUGUAUGUAAAUAUAAUUAAUGUGAAGCUGUUAAAAAUUGAAUACACUAUAUAAAAGUAGUCUGUGAUUCUGUUGCCUUUAUACCAAUGAGCAUCUUCUUAAUAAAAAAAUUUUCAUCAUUUAUUAGACAAAUUAUUUUUAAAAAUGAAUAUUAUUAUUUAGAUGUAUUAUGUUUUGAAUGGUAUUUGCAGAUUUUCACCUCAGUAAUUGCAUAAACUUCCAAGUUAAAAGAUGUACAAAUAACUCAUUGUAGUUGUUCCUGCAAUAAGAUCGUAUAAGUAACAUUCUCUACCUUCCUAUAGUUAUUUAUUAUUUAGAAGAAUAUACAUGUAUAGCGAAAUGUAGGUAUAGAGAAAUAAUGGAAACUUUAAAACUUUUAAAACUAGAUUAGAAGUUUUUAUUCAGUUAUAGGGCCACAGUUUUUGUUAAUAUCUACAAGUCAGCUUGAGAAAUACACUAAUAUCCAAGGCUGUUUUAUUUUUUAUAUAGAAUCUAUAAUUUGUUAAACUUUCAAAAAUUUGAUAAUUUAAAACAAUUUUAAAUGUAUCCCAUUUAUAUUUUUUGAAUGAUGUAAAACUCCUAAUCAAGUAAUGUUCAUGUGUAAUUAGGUUUCGUAUCAUAUACUUUUAUGUAUUUAAUUAUAAUGAUUGAUUUUAUAUAAUCCAGUGAAUAAUACUAGAGAAGAUGGAUUUUAAUUAUUUUGUACUGUUAAUGUACUUUAUGAAAUAUAUAAUUUUAGCUUCAUUGUUUUUUUACUUAUUUUCAAAUUUAUUUCUGUUCUCAAUUAAAGAACUUUAAAUACUCAGUAUAGAAAUAGAAACUGUUUUUUUAACUGCUUAUGUUAUUCUUUUUCUUUUAUAACAUACAAAAAAGUUAAAACAAAUCAUUUUAGGCAAGUACUGUGGAUUUUGAGUACCAGAAAAAUGAGAAUUAAAAAAGGAAUUUUUUUUAAAAAUAGAAUUAUGAAACUGUUCUGUUUAUGGUUGUGUUAUGCUGGUUAUUGUUACUUUUUUAUAUGUGACUUUCUUUGGAAUGAUUCAUAUGAAGUGAACCAUUCAAAAAGAAAAAAAAGUUACUUUUAUUUUACUAUAACUACAACACACAUAAGGCUGAAAGCCGCCCAGUGAGAAAAGUGUAAAAACAAUAAUGAAGUGUAAUAAAAAUGAAUUUGUUUAAGCUGUUAGGAAGCAGGAUGCCCAUUAGUAUUUCAGGAAUAAAAUUAUAUGGUGGUAAAACCUGAAACUGCUUGCAUCUACUAUAAUAAUAGAAUGUAUUACCUUAUCAAAACAAUAUUAUAUGGUAUAUUUAUUCUGAGUUGAAAGUUAAAUUACCAUAACAUGCAUUGCAUGAUAAAUGUUCAGAAAAUUCCUAUUUCAGAAUACAAUAAGUUGUAAAUAAAAUGACCAUAGAAAAAACUAGGUUUAUUAUGGAAAUUUUUUUCAUUUUUGCACAUAAUUUUAAAUUGUUGAUAUUAUUUUUUAUCAUGUUCUUGUGUUUAGCAUGUGCUGGAUAAUUUAUGUUAUCCAUUGGCACUAUGCAUUUAGUGCACAGUAUUAAAUUAAACUUUCCAUCCCCAACCAAUUUUUUUUUCAUUUUUAUAACAAAUGAAUAAAUUAGUUUGUUUUUAGAAUUGUGAUAGUCUCUGCAAGGAUACUUAACUAUUCUGUAAACUUGUUGAUUCAAAAAAUGUGGAUGACUUCAAUUCACUGUGGCUGUGACUAACUUAUCAUAAAAGCAAAUUACAGCCACUACUAUGGACCAAACGUGUAUGAAAUAAAUGUAAUUUUUGUAUAGAUAUAUAACAAUUUAUUUAUCAGACAAAAAUGUUUUAUGCUUCAAAAAUUGGUAGGAAAAACCUAAAAGGAAACAGGAAGUUAAAUUCAAAUAAUGAGAAAUUUCUUUACCAACUUCAGUGUCUUUCCAUUUAAUAAAAAAAAAUGGCUUGUAUUUGUUUAAAUUUAAACUAUUUUGAAAACUAAACUAACAAAAAAGUGUAAGUACUGAAAACAUUACUACAUGGAUCUUGUUUUUCCUUGUCUGAAAUGGAAAAGUAAAAUUAUUUUAGUCCAAAUGUAAACUAUAAUUAAUUUUGAAGUUGCAGCUCAUAUCCCAGGCAUAAUUUGCACUUAAGAGUUACAGUUGAUUUGUACAAAAGUUUUAUCCAGUGGAACAAAUUAGAUAUAAGUAACAGAAAUGAAAGUAAAGCCAAAGAAUUACCAUGUCAUUUUUCUUAGCAUUUUAAGAAAGUACGUAUCAGCAAAAAAUGAUUCAAGCUAGUGAUUAUUUAGUAUUACUGUGAAAAUUUUUAGAAAAAAAUAAGAACCUUACCCUUCCUUAAACUAUAAGUAUAGUAUAUGACUACUCAGACAUUUAUGUAAAUUGUUGGAUUAGAUUAUAUGUAUGUAUAAGAGUAAUGAACAUGCAAUAUUUUAUAAAUAAAAAGUAUUACUGAAAUUACCUCAAUAUUUUAUUCAUUCUACACAGAUUUAAGCAACAAAAAUCCCCUAUUAAUUUAGAAAAUCAAAAUUUCAAAUCUAUAGUUUACACAAGACUUCAAAACAAAUAAUUGGGUAUAGACAAAAUCUUCUGGUUGAAAAAACAUAACCAUAAAAACAAGCAAGUCAUAAAUAUGAUGCCUUAAAGGUUUACAUACUCUUGUAUAUUCAGGUGAAUUGAAUUGUUAUUAGAGCUGUCGGAUAGAUCUGCUACAUAACUGGAGCUUUGUUCAAAAUAUAACUAAAACUCUUGCUGGAGUCAAUGUUAAACAGAAGAAUGAAAUUGGAUACAACUGUAGAACAAAAUACAUAAUCUUUAUCAAACUAUGUAACACAAACACAAUUUGUCAGUACUUGCACUUAUUACUUACACUAGAUGAUUGCUCCCACUGGCUCUUCUAUAUUCCAUCUGUUAAGUCAAAAAUGUAUACCAGACUCUAUAAAUGGCAGGUUCUUUAUUUUCCGCACAUUUAUCCAGUGCAACUGGUCAUUCUUAUAACAUAGGUUGGGCUGUAACCUCUAGAUAUGAGAACUGUUUUAUGAAGGACACUGUAGUUGACAUUCUUAAACAACGUCAUAUGAAGCAAUGUUCUUGGCAGUAAGAGGUUUUAUCUAUUUCAAGAACAAUAAAGGAAACUCGCAACAAGAUCAACUUAAUUGUUUUCUCAACCAUGUUAUGUGAAACAUGCACAUAUUCAGAACAAAUAUUAUAAUACUACAAGAAGAUUUUGCAAGGAUAAAUUAUUUAUUAAAAUUUUAUCUAUUAGCAUGACUGGUACAUCUUUGAUAUGUACACAAAUUUAGGUAAUUUGAAAUUUAAUAUUACAUGCACCACAAGAUGAUAUCAGUUAAUAUUUUAUAAAUAUUCUUAAUACUAGAAUAAGUAAGCUGCAUAGUUCUUUCUUUUAAAUAGGCACAGGUUUAGUGUAUAUUAUAUUAAAAUAGUUUUGGAGCCUUGCCAUGUCAUUCAGUCAAUGUUUUUAUAUCUGAUCAUUUUCUCUACCUGAUAACUAAACAUCUUGAAAAUAGCCUGCAGCAUAGUUUCCAUUUCAAAAGACUCCAUUAUAAGGCUGUCAUGUCUAAAGCUCACCUCUCAUCCUGUUUCAACUGUCUGAUCACAUAGAAAUUCAUAGAUGCUGCAUCCAGCAACUUUACGAAUAUGUCUUCAAACAAAAUAGCAUGAAUUCCAUUUAAUUUACGAACUGCUUUACGUAUAUGCCAGCUGAACAAAUAUUUUGUGGAAGCAACUUGUGUACAUGAUUUGCAUCACUUUUCCAGACCAAGAUCUUUCAUGAUUAUGAUAUACACUAUUACCUGGGGCACAUGAACAGCUUUUGCCAAUGGUCUAAGUAAAGUAUUAUUUGUUACAUGAUACCACAUUUUGCUUACCAUGAUUAUGGUAUUGUUACGACAGCAGAAGUCACGUGACGCUGGUAACGAGUGAUGAGUUUCUUGAAUGAUCAUGAAUUUCCUAGUGUGUUCGGGACACCCCCUUUUUUAGUAUAUAAGCCUGGCAGAUAAAGCCUGUGGGAUGAUUGAUUGAAAAGAUAGAUAAUUGAGUCAAGCAAACAGUAGGCACCGUGAGUAAAGUGUGUGAAUCACUGUGAUU